AUGAUUAAGAAAAAAGAGCAGAAGGAGCUGAGGAGAGCGUGCCUUUGUGUGAUCAGCUUCAAAAGUGCGGCUCGUCAUCGCGUCGUGUCGCGGACGCGGAGCCUUCGAACAGCGCCAGCGGUGCACCCUCCUCUCCUCUGUGUCCCCAGCGUCCGCGCGGGGUGCUCCCCUCUUUUUCUCUGCUCCUUCACCAGUCCUCAGGUCUCGUCCUCUGCAUGUAUCAAUAAUGCAGCGUGUGCCAUGUUGGAUCCGGGCGCACACCUCUUCUGUCCAAACAAACACGGGUCUGAGCUCCCGGUGUCAGCCACGAUCGACCGGGACCGAGGCGGACGUCGGAGCACCUGA